AAAAAUUAAAUUCUGCAUUCGGUAUCAGGAAUGUGCUUCCGCCUGAUACUUACACGUGUUCAAUGUUUAUAGGUUCAUUUUUAAAUAAAUGAGGACGACCUAAAGAUACAUUUAACGACUCUGACUUGAUAUUAAGGAAACGCGGACUGGAGCUUAUUCAGGCUGUUUGCCCAUCCUGCCUUCGCCCAGCGUGGGGUGAUCGGUGCCAAUUGUAGGCAGUGCGUGUUUGUUCCUCACCAGUGAUUCCUUAUGCUUGAGAGAAGCUGCACCCUGUGUCUUACAGGAUGGAUGGUGUGAACCUAAAGAUACUUGUGUAUCAACAUCCGUACUCUGUGUUUUGCUGCAGUGUUCAGUCUUUUUCCGUUUAUAAGGGAACACCUCCCAUCAUACGUCCCCAGUUGCUGCGUUUCAUAUAUAAAGACAGUCAUUGAACGGUGAAAAAAGGACACCACCAAACAGAAAUUCUACGUUUAUAUUUAUUUUUUAUUUUUUUCAAAGCACAUAUUGAUGAGGCUUAUACAAGCUCAUGUGACAAACAUGGAAGAAUUCUUUUUUUAAUUUUUAUUUAUUUUUUUGUUACUGUACCUUCUUCGUCCRGGUGGUGGGGAUGUCGGAAAAGCCAGAUGAAAAAAUGGUGAAGUUCCUAGCUCCCCCUCCAAAAAGUGGAAAUGGCCCCAGUACGGGUUCAGAUUCAUUGGUGAACGAGAGUCGGUCGGUAGAAGUAAGACGCCGGCAUCACACCAUGGAGCGUGACCGAUGUAAUCCCGAGCACCGGUUCUUGCGUCGAAGUGUCAUCAGUGAUUCCAACGCUACGGCGUUGGCCCUUCCUUUACCCAGCAAAAUCCCCAUCCUGGUUCCUCAGCGAUAUGAGCCACAGGAACCUGUCCUUCAGCUUGUAAGGGCUUGUGAUACUCACUCAACAAAGGCUGAAGCAAGAAAAGAUCAAAACGAAAAGUGCACUGAAAAUGGAAGAGAAAAACAAGAAAAAGAUCUAGAAAUAACUAAGAGAGAUGUGCCUUCAGCACAAGAAUCUGCUGCUGUGCAGGAAAGCUGUGACGGAGAUGUGCUGGUAGCAGCUCACGCUGCUCCGUGUCUAGGAACAGAAUUGCCAAUUCACUCAGAACCUGUAAGCACCGCUGAGGUAAAGGUGCCUGCUGAGGAUGAGGGGGAGGAGGGAGAUAAGGAUUCUGCCAAGGCACGAGCGGAGGCAGAGCAAAGAGAGGCUGAGAAAAGAGUGCAGGACGAUAUAGAAGAGGCAGAGACUAAAGCCGUUGGAACAUCACCUGAUGGACGAUUCUUGAAGUUCGAUAUAGAAAUUGGACGUGGCUCUUUCAAGACCGUCUACAAGGGCUUGGACACUGAAACAACAGUGGAGGUGGCRUGGUGUGAGCUGCAGGAUCGUAAGCUGUCGAAGGCAGAGCGACAGCGCUUCAAAGAGGAAGCGGGGAUGUUAAAGGGGCUACAGCAUCCCAACAUUGUUCGCUUUUAUGACUCCUGGGAGGGACCCUCCAAGGGAAGGAAGUGCAUUGUAUUGGUCACAGAACUCAUGACUUCUGGUACACUUAAAACAUACCUGAAGCGGUUCAAGGUGAUGAAAAUCAAAGUGCUUCGUAGCUGGUGUAGACAGAUCCUCAAGGGACUCCAAUUCCUUCAUACUCGGACUCCCCCAAUCAUCCACAGAGACCUCAAAUGUGACAACAUUUUCAUCACAGGACCAACAGGAUCUGUCAAGAUUGGAGACCUGGGACUGGCCACACUCAAGCGCGCAUCUUUUGCCAAAAGUGUUAUAGGUACCCCUGAGUUCAUGGCGCCAGAGAUGUAUGAAGAGAAGUACGACGAGUCAGUGGAUGUUUAUGCCUUUGGAAUGUGCAUGCUGGAGAUGGCCACCUCAGAGUACCCUUACUCAGAGUGCCAGAAUGCUGCACAGAUCUACCGCAGAGUAACAAGCGGGGUGAAGCCAGGCAGCUUUGACAAGGUGGCCAUUCCUGAAGUGAAGGAGAUCAUCGAGGGAUGUAUACGACAGAACAAGAAUGAGAGAUACUCCAUCAAAGACCUUCUGAAUCAUGCAUUCUUCCAGGAAGAUACAGGUGUACGAGUGGAGCUGGCAGAAGAGGAUGAUGGAGAGAUGGAGGCAAUAAAGUUAUGGCUGAGAAUUGAGGAUAUAAAGAAACUUAAGGGGAAGUACAAAGACAACGAAGCCAUUGAGUUUUCUUUUGACCUCAACAAAGAUGUCCCAGAGGAUGUGGCUCAGGAAAUGGUUGAGUCUGGUUAUGUUUGUGAAGGUGACCUCAAGAUCAUUGCGAAAGCCAUUAAGGAUAGAGUGUCUCUAAUCAGGCGCAAGAGGGCCCAGCGACAGCAGGUCAGAGAAGAUCAAGAAAAGAGAAAGCUUGAAGAGGAGCUUCAGAAUCAGUCAUCAACACAGCAACCAGGCCAGCAGUCCUGUGUGGAGAUGCCUCAGUCACAGCCGGUGCCACCGUCGGCUUCGUAUGUUUCCCCACAACAGAACCAGCACAGCUCACAGAUGAGUGCCCAGCCAGCAUCUCAGCAGAGCCUUCAGAACUCUAAUUACAGCGCUGCUCAAUCCACCCAAAUGACUGGCGUGUCGCAGGGGGUGUCUUACGUACCCCAGUCAGCAGGGCAAGUCCAAAUCCCAGUUCAGGGUCAGAGUGUGAGUGGUGUCCAGCCAGAGUCUGAGGAACCUGAGGCUGACCAACAGCUGCACACAGGAGGAGCUUGGGACAUUGGAGACAGAUUACCUGGUUCUUCUGUCGUUCCCGAAGUCCUGCCUCCUCAGCCAGGAGUAUCCUACAAUUCAACCAGUCAGCAUCUUCAGCCACAGGUGCCAUGCUCACAGAUGCCAAAUGAGCCAACGCAACUACAAGUGAUGCAAGGUGUUCAGCCUGAGGUUGUCUCUGCUCAGUCUGUUGCAGGAGCACCUUCACAGUACGGAGUUUACUACCAACCGUCACCUCCCCCUCAGAUUCCCUCUCAGCAAGUUGUGAUGGCUCAAACCUCUCCGCCGUCUGUCCCACAGCAGCAGCAGCCAGAGAGCAGCAGUUCACAGCCACAGUCUCAGCUCGGAGCUCAGCAGCUGCAGUCUUGGGCCAAUGAUCCAAGUCCUCCCAUCAUGUCUCCACCAAUCAACGCAGAGCAUCUUUACUUCCUCUAUCAGGCCUCAUGCCUCUCUGUUGUGCAGGGUUCUGUGACUAUUCCUCUUUCAACACCAGUGGAGCAGCCAGCAGUGUCCUCUGUGUUGGCACCACCGUCUGCAGAAAGCUGCCUAUCAGACACAGCUUCAGGUCUUAGCGAUGGCAAUGAAGGGAGUUCUAUGUCUGGGGGUCGCCACGAGGGACGCUCGAUGAAGCGCCAGCAGCGAAGAUCUGUCCGCAGCCGCUCUCGCCAUGACAAGACCACCAGGGCCAAGCUAAAUGUUCUCAGUAUUUCUAAUGUGGGAGACAGAGUAGCAGAGUGCCAGCUGGAAACGCACAACAGGAAGAUGGUGACCUUCAAAUUUGAUCUUGAUGGCGAUAACCCAGAGGAGAUUGCACAGAUUAUGGUUGAAAGUGGCUUCAUCUUGGAGAGUGAGCGUGAGUCUUUCAUCGAUCAGGUCAGGGAGGUCAUAGAAACAGCUGAUGAGAAAGGAGAGGGGAUUAAGGAAGGAUUCCCUCAGAUUCACAAUCAAAAGCAGCCUGAGCUGACUGUUCCCAUGGUGCCAGGCAUAUUCCCCAGUACGACCACUCAGGUGGUUCAUUCAGCAGGACGGAAGUUCAUAGUCAGCCCAGUCCCAGAGUCUCGUCUUCGAGAACAGUUCUUUGGUGCCUCUUCUGCGAACACGUCCAUCAGUGAUGAACCUGUGUCUGCUCCUUUGGGUCUUUCUCUCUCUGCUCCAUCUGGAAGUCUCCAGCAAGCUUUCAGUAAAGUCAGGCAGGCUCGCAUUGACAGAAGCAACACACUGGAGCCCGCUGCUACUGAGCCAGAGCCGUCUACCAUCCCGUCCACAGACGCUUGUCCAAGUUCUACCAGUAUCCCUUCCCCUCCAGAAGCUGUGGUUUCCACCACUAGCACCGCAUUUCAACCUGUUUCUGUCACAUCUGCUGCAACAUCGUCACCGCCUCUUUCAGCUGGAAGGGUUUCACCUUCACCACCUUCAGUUCAGUCCCACACUGGAGUCAGUGAUUCUAGUCCACCAGCUCAGACCUCACAUGAAACGGCUCACUCACAGAUUCCACCAUCUACUAGCAUCCCUCCUCCAUCCUCCACGGUUUCCCCUCCAUCAACUCAGACUUGUGUUCCUUCAGUAGCUGGACCUCAGCCAAACAGCACCGCUGUCUCGUCUGGUACACCCAGCAGUGGUGGAACAGAGCAACAGCCCUUUAAUGGUGCUGUUACAUCACCUCAGUCUGUUAAUUCAGCYAUCAGUUCUCAAGCCCCGCCUCCUACUUCGUUACCCAGUCAGGCCCAGAUUCAGCCGCAGCCCGUGGAGUCCGAGGGGGCUGAGGUCCAAUCUAAGUCAGUUGGAGAUGACAUCCAGGUCUUAGAUAUGAAGCUACGGUCACUCUUUAAAGACCAGAGCACCUCUUCGGUGUCGAUGGAACCCAGUCAGAACACAGGCACAUCCUCACCCCCUCCUGGAACCUGCUCCCCUCCUCCUGGAACCAUUGUGGUGCCCCCAUCUAAUCUUCCUCUCAGUUCUGGAGGACAAGGUGUCCUGGGCUCCACAACCACACCUUCAGGACAUGCCCAGACUCCUCCCUCAAAGGCCCGCUCACAGACUUUACCAACUGAUUUUGAUCACGCUGCUACACCGUCCUCUGAAGCUACACCUCCCUUUCCUGGACCACAUCAGCAGCUUCAGGGAAAUUUGGACGUCCAGUUGGGACGAGCUCUAAGUCCAGAAACUAUCCAACCAGGUGACGGUGUCCAGCCUCCAGCAGCAGGUUUCACUCCAGAAACUUAUCAAACUUCUGUUCCACCUGAUGUUGGACCCAGCAGUGCUCCAGAUCUGCCCAGUGCUGUCUCUUCUUUAUCCUGCACACCAUCCUCCUCUUCCUCCCUAUCUUCAACCACCUCCUCCUCCUCCUCCUCCUCCUCCUCCUCUUCCUCUGCACCCUCGAGUCCAGAAAAUACACUUCACAAGUCGACGCCUUUACCUAAAGCAUCCAUUGAAACUGAUGGAGCCUCUUCUCAAUCUGGUCAGACCACAAAUAUCGGACGCUUCCAAGUUUCCAAGACCAGCAUCGCUCCAUCUGAGCCGUCCUCUGGCUCUCAAGUGGGACGGUUUUUGGUCACAGUGACUCCUGCUCCUGCACCAAGUUCCAGCCCGUCACAUUGCUGCAGUUUGCAAAACGGCCCCUCAUCCUCGGACCCUCAGAAUGCCCGUUACARCAGUGACGACAACGACGACGACUCAGAAACCGAGGACGAAGCCCUCCAGAAGGAAAUAAGUAAACUCAGAGAAAGACACAUGGGGGAGAUUCAGAGCUUGCAGGCUCGACAGAAAGAGGAGAUAGCAGCUCUGUACAGACGAAUGGGAAAACACGGCCCUCUGUCUGUUUGUACUCCUGCUGAGGCCAUGCCCGGAGGUCGACGUAGGCUCAAAAGCAAAAGCCACAAAUCUCACAGUAGUGGACAGCCCAGUCCCAUACACUCAGCUGGAGGUCAUGGACCAGAAUCCUCUCCAAAGCAGAGUUUGUCCUCAGUGACAGACGCUUCAGAAGCAGCAGUGAUCAGGACAUCCACAGAACAAUUCACAUCCUCACCAUCUUUGCCGAGCCUCAGCAGUUACUCCACCGGGUCGAGCGGAACCAGCUCCACGAAUGGAUCGAGCUGUCAGAAUGUCUCUACUUCUCUGUCCCACAGUGCUUCUUCAGCCGCUCACACUCAGAAGUGUAAGGGCACCUUUACUGACGACCUGCACCAGCUAGUGGAUAACUGGGCCAGAGAUGCCAUCAGUCUCUCUCAGUGCAAGAAGGGGCCUAAAUCUGGAGCACCAGCAGCCCUUGGACUUGAUAUUAUUCCUCCAGGCAACAUGGGUCGUAAAUUUUCUGCUCCGGGCUACCUCUGCUCGGCACCUCCACCCUCCAACAGUACCUCCACCACUACCACUCAUCUUCCCAACCCAGGCAACCCCAGCGCCCCCCUGGGGCCUCGGAAAGGCUCUCUGGGCCCAGUUGCCCAGGGCUUUGGAUAUGCCCCUGCCUCCUACGGUGCUCCUCAGUGGGCAGGACCCACAGGCACGUGUCAGGUCAGCGUGCAUAACCCAACACAACCACUAAAACAGUACCAGCCGCCCACAACGGCCUCCGUCUCAAUGCACCAUGGCUACCACCUGGCAGCACCAACCAACCAGAUGUCAGCCGGACACGGAGGAACCAACCCGAGGCCUACGUAGUCCAGUCCAAGUCCUCCUCCCGGCUGAGACAAAGAACCAUACGGGGCAGAGACGUUAGACAGUCGUUAAUUUAAAACCACAGCCUCUCUUUGCGUUUAGCUAAUUAGUUGGCUUUGUAUUGUGCUUUUUUUUUUUAUUUCAACUUUUAUCAUUGUGUGUUAUUUCUGGUAAAGAUGAGCUGUGUGGUUUGAGCCCUCUCAGGUAAAAUUAAGUCUGUCUGGUAUUUGGCAGAAGAGUGCAAUAUAUCAUCCACAGCACAAACUCUCCACACUUAUCCUGCCGUUAGCUGUGGAAACAAGCUGUGACGGGUCGGGUGGUUGUGCCCUGUAAUGAAUUGCACCAAAAGGCAAAACCAAAAGCAGCCAAAGGUGUCUUUUGAAAGCAGACGUUGUGUCAUUCCUUUUUGAAGAGAAGAUAAGGAGAGCCUUGUGGUUUACACCCUUCUGGAGCUGGACUUUAAACUAAGCAGGGACUGAAUUCUGGUUGAGCUUUUGUGGUAGAUAUUCGACUAAACAUUAACCUGGUUGAACGACUUAAGACAGAAGGUAAAGUUGUCUCAGUGAGGGAGAACGUGAGUGUACAGGAAGUGAAAUAAGACUGAGGACAGAUAGUCUGUCCAAAACUGAAACGUGAGAUGAUAUAUAGCGUUGGGAGAAAGAAAGAUUUGGUAAGUUAGGCAGAAGGAUUCAUAGGGUCGGCAGUAUGACUAGAUCCCAGUGAUCAAGUGAAACGCAAUAAAGGUAAAGUAGAGAAACUGUCCCUUUUGUAACUGUGGCCUUAAUCCCCCCCAAACACAUGUAGACAUGGGCUUUGUACAUACAACUGUCUUCAUUGGGUUAUGAUUCUGUAUUUAACAUAUUUGUCUGUGAAAGUAUGAUGUCGUUUUUUUUUUUAAAUCAUACAGAUUUACAUAUAAGCCAGUGGAUCUGCCACAUGUAAGAGCAUGGUCUUGGUGUUGACCACCAUUUGUUUGCAACUGACAAGAUGACGCUGCUGAAGUUCCCAAACUGAGUGGACAGGGUGUUUUUUUGUCCACACCAUCAAAUAGAAACAUAAAACCACUUCACUUCAUGCUCAACUGUGAGGUAUGAACUGUAGGGAGUUCCCUUAUCAUAUCCAACUAAAUUAAACAUUUAAUUAUUAUAACCAUUGGGAAAGUAUUUAAAAUAUUUCAGUUUGGUGGGUUUUUUCWCAGUUUUAUGACUUGUGGAAUUCCCAACACAAUAUUUCUACCCAUAAUAACAUUUAACUGUGACCUCUCACAUCACAAGUGUCCGGGGUUUUCUGUCUGUGGUCUGUUUUUGUACGCAUAUAUUUAAUACAACAGACAAUGUUCUUUAUGGACCUGUAUUCAGCCAUCAGAUUUUGAUGUUGUUUCACUGUAAUUAUUAUUAAAGGUUGUCAAACAACAUGUUAAAGAAAUAUAACAAAAAAAGUGCAAUUGCAGGGUUGUUAUUAAUAUCCUUCUCACGAYGCGGGAGUAAUCCUGCCAUUUAUUAAGCUGUCCUAUGACUGCCCUGCACCCAUUUUCUAUUUUUUUGUAUAUAUAUAUAUAAAUAUAAAUAUAUGCUGAAGUGAGGUAAAUGCUUUCAUAGUUCUCAGUCACUAGAGAUGCUUGUGGUGACCCACUCGAAAUGCACACGCACUCCGCAAAACACGAGGAACACUUUAGUGCCUUGCAUCCUCACUAAUAAGUUCCAGAUCCAUCUAGUCAGCAAAAUAACCAGUAACUAAACCAGUACGCAAAGUAAACGCCAGUUCAGAGCAUGUGACACUGAACCAGACGCCAGGACUGCAGAACAAAGCACACUGAGGAAAGUGGAAACCCGUUUUUCCUCUCUGCAUUUACAUUUGUGUUGGUUGUGUAAUCAGCUGUGUAUUUAUAUAUAUUUGACUCAUGGGAACAAGGAUUUUUUUUCUUUGCUGACAUUUGUUUUUGUGGAUUUAUUCUUGAGCAGUUUCUUAGAAGCACGUGUUCGAGUAGAGUGAGCUGUACAAAGGUUCAAAAGUCCUCCUGCCGACUCAGCUGUUGUCUCACCACCUUUCAGGAGUGCCAUGCUGUUGUUGUGACUCUUUUUUGCCUGCUUGUAGAUUGAAUUAUCUUCUCUAGAGAAAAAAAAUGAAUUGCUGCAAUGCAGAAUAUGCAAUGUUUAAAAGUUUUACAAGGAGUGAGGAGUAUUGAACAUCUGCAUGCUGAUAAGGUGUUGCCAUCUUUGGUUUUCGAUAUCAGAAUAAGUUUGUUUUUUUUUGCUUUCCAAGUAUUAAAAGAUGUUCAGCUUUUUUUUUUUAAUAUCACAGGCACAACUUCAGCAUCAAAUUAUCAGCAAACAAGUUCUGCAUGCUAGCUUCACUGGUGUUUAAUUCUCGGAAUGACGACCGUUUGACAACUAGCCACUGUACAGCACAAGAAUUAAGAUCCGUAUUCUCCAAUAUUCAGAUGUCUGUCUCCGUACAUGACUGUUGUUUGAGGCCACUGACAAGUUACUCUUAUUUCUGAUCCCUCCUGACUUCCUGUGAUUCCGUGUCUUGUUUUGUGUGUAUUUUUCACAUUGUACAAAAUGUAAAAACAAAUAAAAAAUAUCAAAUACAA